AUCAUAUAUUUGUUUCAGCUUACAUCUUAAAACUGACAGAGACAAGUGUUAUGCUUGGAUAAGAAUGGCUGUGAAUCAAAACUUAUUGGGAAGCUACAUAGCCACUGUAAGGCAAGACAAAUCUUUGCUAAGUAAUCAUUAUCAUGAACAUGCAUUUUUACGAGAUCCAAUCAUGGCAGAUACUGUCCAAUCCAUUCUCAAUAAUGGAAUCACAAACUUCGACUUUGACAUAUCUGUCCGUCCACAGACUUUGUUUGAGCACAACAACAUUCAGAACUUGAUAACCAAGCCUCAAACCAUUCAUGGCUCUUUUCAAUAUGACAUUGGUAAGACUAGAGAAAAUGGCUAUGACGGUGAAGAAAGUCUUCAACGUACUGCGCAUAUUGUGCAGAAGAAGAAACAGCGAAGGAAAAAGCUUCAAGUUAAAACAGUUGUGAUUGAAGAACAGGAGCAUUAUGAUGAUACUGAACUGCCUGAAACUCUCAGAAACAUGAAUGUCUCUUGA